AUGAUUGAAAAUGACAGUACAGAAAAACCGGUCCCGCGAAAUGAGGCAAAGGGAAUCCGCAUCAAAUUAGAAAAACUUGAAACUGCGUUCAUGGUCAUAUUUUGGAAUGUUAUUUUGGAAAGAUUAAAUAAAGUAAGCAUUCAGAUUCAGAGCUCAUCUGUAGAUGUAUUGACGGUAUCUGAUCUCUAUGGAUCUCUAGUAGAGUUUAUAAUAGCAGAACGAGAAAACUUUGACUAUUUCGAAGAAAAAGCAAUGGAGAUGAGCACACUUAAGGAAUAUCAAGAUAAAAUAAAAAGACAACCUAAAAGAAAAAAGAUGGCGGAUGAAACAACGAAUGAAGAACCUGAAAUACCCACCAACUCUAGAGAUUAUUUCAGAGUGAAUACUUUUUUGGUCAUCCUUGAUAGUCUGAGAGCUGAAAUACAGAAAAGGCAUAAUGCUUACUUAAACUUUAAGGACAAAUUUUCAUUUUUAACAAAAAUGACUGAACUUUCAACGGAAACAGUUACAGAAAAAGCUCAGUCUCUCGUAAAAUAUUAUACCAAUGAUUUAGAGGAUGAUUUGAUUCAAGAAUGUGUGCAUUUUCAAAGUCACAUUUCCUCUUAUAAAACUGCAGAGUGUGCAUUGAAGCCUGAAUCAAACUCACUCCUCAGUCUCUCAACUUUUUUGAGGAAUCAAAGUCUGUCUAAUGUAUACCCUAACUUGGAUAUAGCUCUCCGCAUUGCACUUUCCACGCCUGCUACAAAUUGUUCUGGGGAAAGGAGUUUUUCCUGUUUAAAACGCGUAAAAAAUUAUCAAAGGUCUUCAUUGUCUCAAGAAAAAAUGAAUUCUCUAGCUCUUCUCUACAUAGAAGCCGAGAUAAUGAACACCAUAAACUAUGAUGAUAUUAUUAAUGAUUUUGCUAUUAAAAAGGCCCGUAAAAAAUGUAUAUCUUGA